UUUCACCGAACAACGGAAGUAGUGGUAGAGGUCGCUAUUUGGUUUGUCAAUGAACCAAACCGGUGGAAGUAAAAUGUAGAGAAAAGUCGAACUGUAGUGUCAAAUAGUGACAUAACUGUGAUGGUAAAUGUUUGCGAAAAUGUUUAUGACGUUGAGAUUCUUUAUGAACUCUCUAUAAUAUCAUUUUUUAGUAGGCUAUCACUUUAUUUGUAUGCAUCUCAGAAAGCCAGCCCAUUUAUGUAGCUAACUACCAAACCUCGAGUGAGAAAGCAUGCGCGUCUCAGUGUCUUGGAAAGGUAGAUGAGAAUUACUUUUUGUUUUAGGUAAGAAAUAAAUCCUGGUUCUAUUUGGAAGAACAUAAAUCUGCAUCAUGCCUCUGUCAGAUUUCUUGGAUGCCCUUAAGGACAACCCUUACUUUGGGGCUGGCUUUGGACUCGUUGGGGUAGGCACAGCCUUGGCUGCAGCCAGAAAAGGUGCCCAGGUGGGAAUGAUCUUCUUUCGCAGGAACUACAUGAUCACUCUUGAGGUACCCAGUCGAGACAAAAGCUACCAUUGGCUAUUGAGCUGGAUCACCAAACAUGCCCAGCACACUCAACACCUUAGUGUAGAGACAUCCUACAUGCAGCAUGAAAGUGGAAGGAUCAACACCCAGUUUGACUUCCACCCCAGUCCUGGAAACCAUAUAAUCUGGUAUGGGCAGAAGUGGAUCCGUGUGGAGAGGACCAGGGAGAAACAGAUGCUAGACCUCCACACCGGCACACCAUGGGAAUCUGUUACAUUCACUGCCUUGGGCAGAGACAGACAGAUAUUCUUCAACAUUCUGCAAGACGCAAGGGAACUGGCCCUUAAGCAGGAAGAGGGUCGGACAGUAAUGUACACUGCACUGGGCGCUGAGUGGCGGCCCUUCGGGUUUCCACGGCGACGGCGACCCCUUAGCUCUGUGAUCUUGGAGGCAGGGGUUGCUGAGAAAAUCGUAGAUGAUGUAAAGGAAUUUAUUGGAAAUCCCAAGUGGUAUACAGACAGAGGAAUCCCCUACAGAAGAGGUUAUUUGCUUUAUGGACCCCCAGGCUGUGGCAAAAGCAGCUUCAUCACGGCGCUUGCAGGAGAGCUGGGCUACAGCAUCAGCUUGAUGAGCCUAAGCGAUCGCAGUCUGUCGGAUGAUCGCCUUAACCACCUGCUAAGCGUGGCGCCACAGCAAAGCAUCAUACUCUUGGAAGACGUGGAUGCUGCCUUUGUCAGCCGAGAGCUUAUACCAACUGAAAACCCGAUGGCCUACCAAGGCAUGGGUAGGCUUACCUUCAGUGGACUCCUUAAUGCACUGGAUGGGGUUGCAUCGUCAGAGGCUAGAAUAGUCUUCAUGACCACAAAUUUCAUUGACAGACUGGACCCAGCUUUGAUCAGGCCUGGUCGUGUGGAUCUGAAGCAGUAUGUUGGCCACUGUUCCCACUGGCAGCUGAAGCAGAUGUUCCGCCGUUUCUUCCCUGCCGAGUCUGCAUCAGUGGCUGACCGGUUCGCAGAGUGUGCCCUGGCGAUUCGGUCUGAUAUCAGUGCUGCCCAGGUGCAAGGACAUUUCAUGUUAUUCAAACUGGAUCCUACAGGAUCAAUUGACAAUGUGAAUGAAUUAAAAUCAUAAGACAAAGUUGAAUAAUUCAGAGUCUGAAAGUCAGCCACACAAAGCCUUACAGAAAACCAGAACAAUAAUGGAAUAUUCUGUUGUAGGGGCAUCAAAUAUAAAGAAUUUUCACAGUU